UUAAAGCAUCAGAUUAGAUCAUAUCUAAGGGUCCUUCCAGGCCUGGACAGUCAGCUACAUAGGCCUGAGGUGAGGUCUGGUCAAGGACACGACCCAGGGGCUGGUCCAGCCUCUACGCCUUGCUCACCGUGAGUGGGGACUGGGUGGCUUUAGGGCCCCAAACCCCAGGCUUCUCUGUACUCCUGCACCUCCUGAGGGCAAUAACAUCACCAUGGCUCUCCUCCCAGGGCAGACCUGAGCCAGGUGCCGUGGUGGGAGCUGCAGCCCGGUGGGGAGCACACCCACUGUGUGGAGGUGCGGUUCCUCUUCUCCAGCUGCAUGAUCUGGGGCGAGUCCCCUCAGCCCCGUCCCCAGGCUGGGGUAGGAUUCCCUGACACGAUGGAUGUGAAGACGCUUUGGGUACUGCAAUCCCUGCGAAGAAGGUGCUGGCGGGCCAGGGGACACCGGAGCUCUGCACAGGUUCUCUGGCUGCAGAGGACCAGGGCUGCAGCCUGUACAACCCCACAGCCUAACCUGAGGCCUGCCCAGCCCAGGGGCACUGAGCUGCCCUCCCGUGAGCUUCGGCAGCAUUUCCGCCAGGGCAUUGCUCUAGAAGACCAGGAGGAUGAAUCAAUCCUGGCAACAUUCUAGGCGGAGGAGGAGGACUUUGGCAUCCAUUGGGGUGAGGGUUUUGACCUGGCUGCCCCCCUGACACCCCAGCAGACAUGGGCCAAGGAGCCAGAAGCUGACCCGAGCCCGGGGCUGAGCUGCUGGGUGAGGCUUCAGGACGCAGGGUCGCCAUGGGGAUAGCUGCCCCCGACCUUCUCUGGACAGUGCUGCUCCCUCUUGUGGUGUUUGGGGAAGCUGUGGCCUCCAAGCCCCCUGAGCAUUGCCGAUGGUGCUGUGACUCUGAGGACCCCCUGGCCCCUGCCGAUGCUGCAGAUGUGUCCCCGGCCUCCCCAUCCACCUUUCCAUAUGUGUUGCCUGAGGUCAGGCCCUACAUUAACAUCACCAUCCUGAAGGGUGACAAAGGGGACCGAGGCCUGCUGGGCACACCUGGGAAGCAGGGCAGGGAAGGUCCCCUGGGAGAGCGAGGCCCGCAGGGCGCCAAGGGCGACAAGGGGCAGGCGGGCAGCCCCGGCAGCCCCUGCCAGACUCGCUUCUCGGCCUUCUCCGUGGGCCGGAAGGCGGCCCUGCACAGCAGCGAGGGCUUCCAGCCCCUGCUCUUUGACACGGUCUUCGUCAACCCGGACGGGCACUUCGACCUGGCCGCCGGCCACUUUGUCGCCCCCCUGGGCGGCGUCUACUUCUUCAGCCUCAAUGUGCACAGCUGGAACUUCAAGGAGACCUACGUGCACGUGGUGCACAACGAGGAGGCGGCCGCCAUCCUGUACGCGCAGCCCAGCGACCGCAGCAUCAUGCAGAGCCAGAGCGUGAUGCUGGCGCUGGCGCCCGGCGACCGCGUCUGGGCUCGGCUCUUCAAGCGCGAGCGGGAGAACGCCAUCUACAGCGACGACGUCGACACCUAUAUCACCUUCAGCGGCCACCUCAUCAAGCCCGAGGAGGAUUAGUGCCUCCGCUCCGUGCGGGGGUCUCCUCCCCUGCAGGGCCUCAGUGUGCACCUCGACAGGGGGCCCCGUGGGGCCGGGCACUGGGCAGCCUCCUCUCCUGUCCUUCCCUCCCACUGUUCUGCCACUGUCCUCUCUGGGACAUCUUUUAAGAAGCUGUGUAAUCUAAGUAUUCUAGGACUUUCCCAACCUUUACUCAGCACUUCUCAAACCUGACUGUGCACAAGCAUCCCCUGGGGACCGUGGUCCAGUGCAGGUUCCGCUCAGGCAGGCGCGGUGCGGGCCCAGGACUCUGCACCUGACCACGUUCUCGGGUGACGUGCGCUGCUGGUCUCUGGGCCCCACGAGAGUAACUGGAUUCGGAAACUUUCACAACACUCUAGUACUCCCUGAACAUUCUGGAAUCCUCUAAAUAUUUUGGAAUCGUCCAAACAUCCUGAAACAUUCUCACAUGCCACCCUCCCUCGCUCCCUCACUCGGGUCUGCACCCCAGCCGGGGCGGCCGCUCCCUGGGUCACCCAUGAGGGCUCACCGAGGGCUCCCUCUGGCCAGGCCCGGGGAACGCUGGCGAGUCAGACACAGACCCUGCCCCUGUGAGGACGAGGACACAGUCCAGCCAGGCUGGGGAGACAGGAUUCCGAGACCUGGCCUAGAGAAAUCACGGUGCUUUUGUCACAGCUGUCUGGGUUCGGGGCAUUUCGACGUUGUGGCCCCUCAUCACCCACGGCUCCUCGAAGCUGGUAGGAGAGGGUCCCCGAGGUGGUGGGGUCGCAUUCCGCCUACUCUCAUUCCUGCUCAAUGCCUGUCGUUAAAGCAACCACCCGAAGGGCCUUGGUCAGGGCAAGGGCACUGUGAGGGGAAGACCCAGGAGCUUGGAGGAAUUUUGGGGUGAAGGAGCCUCUGCAGAAGGGAUCCGUAGCUCCCCAUACAGCUGGGAUGGUCCCCUGCGAGGCCCCUAUCCCCACAGCACCCCUCCCUGCCCCUCCUGGGGCUCAGGCAGGACUUUGCUCAGCCCUUCUGCCACCAGCACCUGGGCCUCAGGCCCCCAAGCUUCCAGCCACGGUCAGACAUUGACACCUGUCCCCGGUGCUCUCUGACCCUCCUCGCCCCUCCUACCAGCUCGGUGUCCCUCGCUUUUUAAGCUUUAAGGUGCUGAAGACCCGGCAGAGUCUCCUCGGGUCUGGUGCUGCCUUUAGACAUGACAGGGCGGAAGGCUCCAGGAUUUAGACCCCCCAGCAGGUCUGGGGAACUGAAGUGGUAACAUUCCGGGUCAGUCAGGGAGAACUCUGAGCCAUGAGGCCCAGACAAGCCCCGGCCAAGUAAGAGACAUCGGCUUUCCGUCCCUUCUCCCACUCCCGGGGUGGGCCA